UUUCACUUCGCAAUUUCUUUUUCUAAACAAAAUUCGUUCGCAGAACCUUCCGCAGUGGGACUUAAAACGGAAAAGUUGGAGGUUUUAAUUAUGUUCAAAAUUUUGCUAAAAUUCAAGAAAACAGUUUUUUAUAUUUAAACAACAACGACAGAAAAUGAGUGACAGUUUGGCCGAGCUUCCGGAUCAGUGUCGCUGUUGUCUGGUGGAGGAGAACGACAUGAUUUAUGUGUUCGACAUCCUCGAUGAGUUCGACAGUAAAAUUUGUGAUCUGAUAGCAAAAUGUGGUGGAGUUGAGGUAAGUUUAAUAUCGAAAACGGAUCUUUUUUCGAAAAACAUCUGCGGUAACUGUUUAAAUGAUCUUGCCAAUGCGGCACGAUUUCGGGAACGUUGCCACAAAACGGAGCAGGAUCUCCAAAAAGCGGCCAAAGAGGUUCCCAUCGGCUCUGACCACAUGGGUGACGAAGAGUUCAUUCCGGUUGAGGAAAUUCUAGUGGAACAGGUUGAGGAGCCCACCCACGAAAUUUUGAAAGCGAGCGAAUUUUUGCAGUUCUCCGAUGAACAGGACGAAUCGAUGGAUGAUGGUCCAAUUUUUGAGUACAUUGUCGAGGAGCAUUCCAGUGAAGUUGAUUUUCACGAUGUUCAAUACGAACGUGUAGACAAUGCUAUCUUAGAUGGGAAUUUAAUAUCUCUUAAAGAAGAGGAGUUUCCCUUCGAGGCUAAUGAGAUUACAGAUGAAGGGUCAGAAUCGGGAUCACGUGCUCAGCAGCUCGGUUUCGUUUGCCAGCAGUGUGGGGCAAGUUUUGCAAUGCAAAGCAAUUUGGUGAAGCAUCUCGAGAGCCAUGACAGUCACGUGUGCGAGAUUUGUUUUCGGGCUUUCAAAAGGGUGAGAGAUUUCCUAAGACAUAAGGAAAUCCACGAGAGGUCCGAGUCCCGGGAUGAUCUUCGACGAGCUACUAUGGAUGAGCCAACAAGCGGUCACGACUCGCAUAAGCUUCGCAAUCCGAAGCGAAAUCAUCAAUGUUCAUUCUGUGAUAAAACCUUUGUGUCAAACUCUGCUCUGUUGGCUCACAAACGAACCCACACGGACGAAAGACCCUACAUGUGUAAGGAAUGUCCGAAAACUUUCCGAACUGUAGGCGGACUCGAACUGCACGAGAGGCGUCACAAAGGGAUCAAACCGUUCGAGUGUGACAUUUGUGAGAUGAAAUUCACAGAAAGUAGUAAUUUGAAGGUUCAUCGAAUGAUUCACACCAAAGAAAAACCACACGUUUGUAUCGUGUGUAAUAAAGCCUUUGCGAGAGUUUUUCUGCUGAAAAUACACCAGCGGACACACACCGGUGAACGGCCAUAUAACUGUGAGGAAUGCGGCAAACAGUUUAGGCAACAGGGUGAUCUGGCAGUACACAAACGGAUCCAUACCGGUGAUAGACCGCACCGAUGCCAUCUGUGCGGCAAAGGGUUCAUCAAAAAAGGAGGUCUGAGUGCUCAUAUGAAAACGCAUACAAAUCAGCUGAGAGGAGCGAUAGUCAGCACAAAACGGAUAGAAGAAGAAGAAGUGGAAGACUUGAAUGGUGAUAAAACUUAUAUUACUGGCCCUUACGCUGGAUACGAUUUGGAAAUCUUUCAAGAAGAUCAGGAGGAACAAAAUGACGAAAGUGAAAUAUUAUGAGCAAACAAGUUGAACGAUUUAAAAUUACUUUUAAAUCUAGUGUUUUCGUAAAUUUUAAAUACAGGUGUUGCUAAAAAACUAGAUACAGAUAUUUUUUUAUUGGAAUUAGAUCACUAGAGCCUACGUUUUUUUGAAGAAUAGCAGUCACACCAUAGAUUUUUUUUUCAAAGAAAAAAAAUUCGGAUUAUUCUGAAAGAAAAGGAACCAACUUUCAAUUUAACACAUUACGUAUGUAUUUAGAAAAAAAAGUUGCAGUUUGAAUCCAAACAUGAAAGUGAAUCGAAAGGUUCUCACAACGUAAACCAUAGAUAAACAAAGGAUAAAACAAAAAACAACUUCCUUGAUAACGUAUACUGCUUGUGGUCUGUCUGUAAACCUUGUGAUUUUUUUUCUCUUGGUUAUUUUGGCAGAAAGCUCCGGUGAAUGUGAAUCAUUUUUGUUCGUUCUUUACAGAUCUGAACUAUUGGAUU